UGCAGAAGGAAGACUAAAGCCCUGGGUGCUACAUGCUGUAUAUGUCUACUCCUGAGUUCCCCACAUAGAUCUUUAGAAAAAAACAUGUGGUCACGAAAUCUUUUAAUUGCUUCUGUAAUUGUCUUUUUGGCAACAACAAUUUCAACUGCUCCUGUGGAAGAGAAAGAGCCGGAGGAGAUAGAGGUAGAGGACGGUGAAGAGGAACUCUCAGAAGAGGAGGAGGAUGAUGAUGACUCCAAGAGUCAGGAAAAGAAUAUGGGAAUUGGAGCACAGCAAGCUACCACAGUAUCUAAAGGCCUGGGUUUAAGCGCUCAGCCUGGCACCUCAUUCCAGGGCGAAGCUCCGAAUGGACAUAAACUCAAUGGGGAUAGUGCCAUGCAAGCUGGGCCUGACCGUAAUGGUGGUGGUGGAGGAGGAGGAGGAGGGGGAGGUGGUGGUGGAGGAGGAGGUGGUGGUGGAGGAGGUGGAGGAGAUUCACAUACUUCACCAUCUGACCCCAGCUCCCAUGAUGCUUCUUUGCCAGGACAUGCAGGCUCCUCUUUAGAUACCAGUAUUGCAGGUCCCAGUUUGGAUCCGAGUCAAACAGGUGCAGGGGCUCAUGGCAGUUCAGUGUCACACGUGCAAGCCCCAGGAAAAGUGGUUGUCCACCCAGGAACAGGGGUUGUCCACCCAGGAACAGGGGUUGUCCAUCCAGGAUCAGGGGUUGUCCACCCAGGAACAGGGGUUGUCCACCCAGGAACAGGGGUUGUCCACCCAGGAACAGAGGUUGUCCACUCAGAUACAAUCUCUCACGGCUCAAUGGGACAAGCAGGAGGGAGCUCCACUCUCAUCAUUAUCCAUGAGGCUCAUCCACAGCCUGCAGGUGGCAGCAUUCAUACAUUUGAUGCUGCUGGCUAUCAGACUGAGGCUCCAACAAGUGAGACUGAAAUAGAGUCGCCUGAGUAUGACACACCUGAGUCACCUGAGUUUAAUGGUAAUGGUCACAAGCUGCUGAUUGGAGGAGCAGUAGAAAAUGGACAUGCAGCUAUACCUGUAGUCACUGACCUCUUCAUUGAGGACACAAAUCACAUGGAUCCCACAGGUGCUAUGGAUCCACUUGGUGCAAGUUCUCACCUGGACAAUACAGGUAUUAUCGACCAAUCCAGCCAUGACUUCCUCAUUGGUUUAAUGGGUGGUGUGGGGGAUCUGUAUGCUUCUGACAUCCAUAUCGACAUCUCAGAUCACACUGGAAUGACUUCUCAAUUAGACUCAAUAGCUGUGGGUUCGGGUCCAGGACCGGCGUUGUCGUCAAGUAGCAGCCCGGGUCCAGACGUUCCACCAGGCCUUGGAGAUCACAUAGGUCUAAUAAGUGAUUUUACAGGCCUUACUGACUACUCAGGGCCUGACCAUCCAUAUCUGAGCUCAGGUUUCGAUGGAUCAUACCACUCAGCAGGUGAUCAUGCUGGUCUAUCCGAUACUACAGACCACCCAGUAGCAGUGAUGUCACAUACUGAUUAUUCAUCAUCGCACAUUGACCACCCAGGAAAUGGUCGUCAAAGCCAGGUUACAGACACACAUGGAGGUGAUCAUGUGGUCAACGAUGUGCAUCAUGAUGUAACAGAUCCACCUGGGCAGCAGAUUAUGUCUACAGACAUAGGCCUACUAGAUGCUGGUGAGCACGGCGUCGUCUCUCACCACGACGACAUGGGAGCUGUUACAGACGGGGUCGCUGUUCAGCAUCAUGAUGACGUUCACACCGUCAGCCCUCAAACAGAUACCACAGCACUUGGGGCGAACGUGUACAGCUCCAGCGCACCAGGGACGCCCGAUUCUGUGCUUGGAUUUGGACAUGACACUACAGUUGUUGCAGAAGCACACAGUGUCUUCAUUCAGACCGAUUCCCCAGUCACAGCUGAUGCACAAGGAUCCACUCUACAGGCUUCCAGUCAUCCUGGUGUAACAGAACAGACACAGCCUGCUGUUUCCGCAGCUGAACAGUACAACCCAUCUGGUCAGGGUCCUGAAGGUGCAGAAAAUGUGGAACUGGAGGAUACCUGCUGACUUCCAUAUGAAGCCUCGUGUCAAGUUUCUACGCUACAGAUUUCAGUGUACGGACCAGCCUGCAUGGCAGAGAAACAGUGAUCCAGCCCACUAGCAAAUCUAGUUGUUUGUGUCUAUGUUUGUUUGUUUGAACUUUGUCUAUUUAAACUUAAAGAUGACACUGUAAGUAAACUUUUUGCGCACUUGUUAAUAGACGUUUUGUUUCAUUCGUUGCAUAUAUGACAAAAAGACAAGAGGGUACUAAGGAGAACCCUCUGACUCAGAUGAAUAUGGCUCAUACAAAAGCGUCAUCCCUAUGAAUAUUGUUGUACAAAAGCUCAAACAAUAUACUGAAUCUUUAUGAAGCUUUGUUUUUUUGUAAUUUCCACAAGUACUGUAUUUCCCAGUUUAGAAAAUGUGAGAAAUAAUAAAUAAUUUUGUGUCAGAAAUUGUACAUUGCGAAAUGUAUAUCAAAGUAAUCUCUACAUUAAAAGGAACAUCUAUUUUGAA